AUGUCGGGAACCUCGAACUUUGGCGAUAGCCGUGUUACGGGACACGAGAGUAUUGAAGUGCUGAAGGACACUGAUGCCGUGUUCGACUUUGAGAAGGCCAACGCAGAUGCGUGGAUUACGAGAAAGGUGGACGUUCAUCUGAUUACUCUGGGAGAGCAACUUGGGGUGAAGACUUAUCUCGUCAACCCUCCAUUGAUCUGUAAUGUACCCUUUUUUGGUGCCUUCAUCUUGGAGACCGACCAAAGCAGAUGGCUACACCAGUUCACCGGCCUCAUCGACACCCAGACGGCGAACGACUCACUCGCCGUCCCAUUGCACUUCGUCCACCAUCGCUCCGACCGGCAAGACGCCAUUCCCCUCCUCUUCUUGCACGGCUGGCCAGGCUCCUUCCUCGAAGUCGAGAACAUCAUCGACCUGCUCACUCACCCGCCCAAAUCAUCUCUCCCAGCUUUCCACGUCGUGGCACCGUCUAUACCCGGCUUCGGCUUCUCGCCCGCACCCGUGAACGACGGCUUUGGCCCGAGAGAAGCUAGCCAGGCCUUCAACGCCCUCAUGCUCAAACUCAACUACACCAAGUACGUCUACCAGGGCGGCGACUUUGCCGGCACCAUCUUCCGUUACCAAGCAACACGGUUUCCGGACAACCUCGUAUCCGGCCUCUCCAACUUCUGGGUCGUCCCGCCAACACCCUCAGACAACGAACGAUACCGCAACAACCACACAUCCCCUGAAGAGACAGCCUACAUCAAGCACAUCACCGCCUACAUCACCCAAGAAUCCGGCUACCGCAUCGUGCAAGAGAUGAGCCCACUCACCCUCGCCUACGCGCUCACCGACUCCCCGCUGGGCUUUGCGAUGUGGAUCUACAACCUCAUGCGCAUCGCAAUCGAUCCUACCAUCUCGACCUGGACGCCUCGGGAGAUUGUCACCUGGAGUCUGAUGUAUACGAUCCAAGGCCCGUAUGGUGGGCUGAGGAUGUACAAGGAAAUGCUCGCGGAGGGUGCUUUCAGAGGCUUAGUCGAAGGCAGACCACCAUAUGUGCGGCAACCUGUCGCGGUUUCAGAGUUCCCGCACGACAUCUGGUACGGUGAGUCGUUGGACUGA